AUGUUUCUGGGCAUGAGCAUUAUUGCGGACCGGUUCAUGUCUUCCAUCGAGGUCAUAACUUCCCAGGAGAAGGAGAUCACCAUAAAGAAGCCAAAUGGGGAGACCACCACGGCCACGGUCAGAAUCUGGAAUGAAACCGUUUCUAAUCUCACACUGAUGGCCUUGGGCUCCAGUGCCCCUGAGAUAUUGCUGUCAGUUAUUGAGGUGUGUGGUCACGGCUUUGAGGCCGGUGCCCUGGGUCCCAGCACCAUCGUGGGUAGCGCUGCCUUCAACAUGUUCAUCAUCAUCGCUCUGUGUGUGUAUGUCGUUCCCGAUGGAGAGACGCGCAAAAUCAAACACCUUCGGGUGUUUUUUGUCACGGCAGCCUGGAGCAUCUUUGCCUACAUCUGGCUCUAUCUGAUUCUGAGUGUGAUUUCCCCUGGAGAGGUGGAGGUGUGGGAGGCCGUGCUGACCUUCCUCUGCUUCCCCCUCUGCGUGGUCCAAGCCUGGGUGGCUGACCGGCGUCUUCUGUUCUAUAAGUAUGUCCGCAAACGUUACCGUGCCGACAAGCAUCGGGGCAUCAUCAUUGAGACAGAAGGAGGAAACGAUGGAGGCAUGGAUGGGGGAGGAGCGCUGGGUCCAGGGGGCUUCACCAAGAUGGACAUGCUCGAGCUCGAUGGACAGUUGGCACUGAACUGCCACAGUGGGAUGGAUGGAGGGUUGAUGGAGGAUGGAGGGUCAAAGGAUGAGGAAGAUGAAGCCAGGAGGGACAUGGCAAGAACUCUGAAGGAGCUGAAGCAGAGGCACCCAGACAAAGAUAUGGAGCAGCUGAUCGAAAUGGCUAAUUAUCAGGUUCUGAUGCAGCAGCAAAAGAGCAGAGCAUUCUAUCGUAUCCAAGCAACCAGGAUGAUGAUCGGUGCUGGCAAUAUCCUCAAGAAGCAUGCUGCUGACCAGGCCCGCAAGGUGGUGAGCAGCAACGAGACCCAGGCUCAGGAGGACGACCCCUACACCAUCAGGAUGGGGUUUGAGCCGUCAUUGUACCAGUGCUUUGAAAACUGUGGCUCCCUAAAACUGACCGUUGCCAGGCAUGGAGGAGACCCUGGAAUGACUGUCAAGGUGGAUUAUCGCACUGAGGACGGUACGGCUAACGCAGGCUCCGAUUAUGAGUUUGCAGAAGGAACACUGUUGUUCAAGCCAGGGGAGACACUUAAAGAGAUCACAGUGGGUGUGAUUGAUGAUGACAUUUUCGAGGAAGAUGAGUACUUCUACGUUCACCUUAGUAACCCUCGCCUGGUUGGCUAUCCUGAGAUUGGCGCCGCCCCCCUGGAUGCAAGCGUGGCCCCCAAAGCCGUGCUUGGUGACAACCACACGGCCACGGUGACCAUCUAUGAUGAUGACCAUGCAGGCAUCUUCACCUUUGAGGGUGCCAGUCAGAGGGUGAGUGAAAGCGUUGGUGUGAUGGAAGUGAAGGUGCUCAGGACAUCGGGAGCUCGGGGCUUGGUGGCCGUUCCCUAUCGAACUUUAGAUGGCUCCGCUAAAGGAGGAGAGGACUAUGAACUGGCUGCUGGCAAGCUGGAGUUUCAGAAUGACGAGACA